GCAGAAGCCAGUCGAGGCUUAAACCUGAGCCCUUCCUACAUCUCCUCACACACACACACACACACACACACACACACAGAGGAGAGGGAAGCAGCCUGUCCUCCCACCAACCAGCCAUGAGUAGCAUCGGGUAUGACCCAUACUAUCCCACCUCGUCCUACAGACGCUGGUAUGUGGAGGCUCCCCCUCGAGUGGCGGUGACCAGAGGGAGGACCCACUCCGUCUACUCCUCCCACGCCUCCCCGCUCUCCUCCUCCCGUCAUCAGUACUCCUCUCCCGGCCGGGUGCUGCGCUCCUCCUCCUCCUCACUGGCCUCCUCCCUGGAGCUGGAGCUGAACCAGGCUGCCCAGAUCAGCUCUGACUUUCGCACCGUGCGCACCCAAGAGCGCGGCCAGCUGCAGGAGCUCAACGACCGCUUCGCCGGCUUCAUCGAGCGAGUGCAUGAGCUGGAGCAGCAGAACCGUGCUCUGGAGUCCGAGCUGCUGCUGCUGAGGCAGAGGCACAGUGAGCCGUCCCGUCUGAGAGCGCUGUAUGAGCAAGAGGCCCGCUCCCUGCGAUCAGCCGUGGAGGAGGCCAGGGCAGAGCAACAAGCUGUCCUGGGCCAGAGAGAUCGACUGGAACAAACCCUGAGCGCCCUGCAGGGUCGAUAUGAGGAGGAAGUGGUGGCUCGCGAGGAGGCAGAGGGCAGGCUGAUGGAGGCCCGCCGUGAGGCCGACCAGGCUGCCUUGGCCAAGGCUGAGCUGGAGAAGAGCGUCGAAAGUCUGCUGCAGGAGCUGGCCUUCCUCAAGAGAAUUCAUGACAGUGAGUUGGCCGAGCUUCAGGCCCAAGUCCAGAUGGGCGUCCAGGUGGCUGUGGAGUCCGAGGCCGCCACUCCGGAUCUCUGCGGGGCUCUCCGGGAUAUCCGGUCCCAGUAUGAGAGGCUGGCUGCAAGGAACAUGCAGGCAGCCGAGGAGUGGUUCAGAGGGAAGGUGGGCUCCAUGACCGAAACUGUGGCACAGCACAGUGACGCCGUGAGAAGCUCCAAGGACGAGGCAGGGGAGUACCGACGCCAGCUCCAGUCCCGCCUGCUGGAGAUUGAUGCAUGCAGAGGCCUCAAUGUAUCCCUGGAGACACAGCUGCGUGAGAUGGAGGAGAAGCAGAGUGCUGAGAUAGCUGCCAUGCAGGACACCAUCGGAGAGUUGGAGGGCGAGCUGAGGGGCACCAAACAUGAAAUGGCACGCUACCUGAAGGAGUACCAGGACCUUCUGAAUGUCAAGAUGGCGCUGGACAUUGAGAUCGCUGCAUACAGGAAGCUGCUGGAAGGCGAGGAGUCUCGCUUCAGCGUUGGACUUGGUGGCGGAGUGUCCUCUAUGUACAGCCACAGUUUGUCGGCGCCCUCCUUCGCCCGGCCCCUCCUCUCCAGCCUGAGCUCCGGCCCCUCAUACCUGAUGACGUCCCGCCUGCUCAGCUCCAGCUUCAGCACCACAGAGGGGAUCUUCUCCGCAAGCCACACCCAACAAGCAGGGGCCAGCCCUCCAGGGGAGGAGGAAGAGGAGGAGGAGGCAGAGGAGGUAAAGGAGGAAGAAGAGGCAGAGAAGGAGGAAGAGGGAGGAGAGGAGAAGGAGGAGGAAGAAGAGGGAGAACAGGAGGAAGGAGAUAAAGAGAAGGAAGAUGAAGAGGAGGCUAAAGAAGGAGAUGAAGAGGUUGAGGGGGAAGAAGAGGGUGGUGAUGAGGAGGAGCAAAAGGAAGAGGUGACAGAAGCUGCUGAAGAUGCGGGUGAGAAAGAGGACAAAGAAGAAGGAGGGGAGACUGAAGUCAAAGAGGAAGCUCAUGAUGUGGAAAAAACCGAAGGAGCUGAUGACAAAGAAGAAGAUGCAAAAGAAGUAGAGGAAGAAGAAAAAGAGAAGGAAGAAGCAAAAAAGAGCGAAGAGAAGGAAGUCGAUGCCAAGAAGGAAGAGGAGGCAGGUGCCAAAACUGCUCCAAAACCAGACGACAAAGAUGACGCCAAAAAGGAGAAAGAUGUCGAAAAGGUGGCCAAACCGGAGAAGAAGUGAAGAGGUAGUCACAGCAAACCUCGAAAACACACACACACAAACCACAGCUCGAUAAUCCUCUCAAACCUGCUUGUUAACAUGGUGCUCAACGAAACAGUCCAACGGCCAUUUAAAGCGACAAAUCCAGGUUAUCUGCUUGCCAUUAUCAACAGUAGUCCAUAAAGGUUUGAGUGUAAUACAGUAUGUGCAGCCGCUGAAUGUAAAGGUGAGUGUGUGAGUCUCUGGUGGUUGAAUAAACACUUCUUAAAGCCA